UUCUCAUCCCCACCCUCCCUUCAGUCCCCAUGGCUUCUCCUUUCCUUCCUCUCCUUCCAUACCUUCUAACUUCUCUCCUAUUCUCAUCCCUGCUCUCUCCCACCACCUCCUCCUCCACUCUAAAUCCCAACAACUUGCAAUCUGUCUGCCCUUUCACACCCUACCCCGCCUCCUGUUUAGAAUCCCAGAAGUUCACCAUCUCCAUCUCCGGCUCCAACAACUCCCCCACCCUUGCCUCCGCCCUCUGCUCCCUUCAGGCAGCCAUCUCCGACGGGACCAAGCUGGCCUCCCUCCUCUGCUCCAUUUCUCCAGGCCCCAACCUCGUCGAGUCCCAAAAAGGCUCCCUUCAGGACUGCCGAGACCUCCACCAGAUCACCCUCUCCUCCCUUAAGAAAUCCAUCGCCGUCCUCUCCAGCUCCGCCGACGGCUGUAGCUGCAACCUCGCCGACGUCCGGGCCUACCUCAGCGCCGCCGUCACCAACAAUGCCACCUGCCUCGAGGGCCUUGCCGGUGCCCGGGGCUCACUAAAGCCCUCGCUGGUGGCGUCCUGGGUCACUACCUACGAGCACGUGAGCAACUCCCUCGACCUCGUCACCCGCUUGGGUCCCCGGCGGCCGGGGGGGCAGCGGAGACGGUUGCUCUCAUCCGCCGCCGGCAGCGGUGGGUUCCCGGCAUGGGUCUCGCGGAGGGACCGAAGACUUCUCCAGAGCGACGACGACGGCGGCGACUACGGGGAGUACAACCCGUCGUCGGUGGUGACGGUGGCGGCGGACGGGACAGGGAACUUCACGACGGUAGGGGAAGCAAUCGCGUUCGCGCCGAACAACAGCGCGGACCGCAUAAUCGUGUUGGUGCGGGCGGGUGUGUACGAGGAGAACGUGGAGAUCUCGGCAGACAAGUCCAACAUCGUGCUGAUUGGGGACGGAAGCAACGCGACUGUGAUCAGAGGAAACCGGAGCGUCGGUGACGGCUGGACCACCUUCCGAUCAGCCACGGUCGCUGUUUCCGGAGAAGGUUUCUUGGCUCGUGACAUUACCUUCCAAAACACCGCUGGACCAGCAAAGCACCAAGCCGUGGCCCUCCGAGUAAAUGCCGACCUGGUUGCCGUCUACCGUUGCGUGAUUGAUGGCUACCAGGAUACGCUAUACGUCCACUCCUUCCGGCAGUUCUACCGGGAAUGUGAUAUCCAUGGCACCGUGGAUUUCCUCUUCGGUAAUGCUGCAGUGAUCUUCCAGGGAUGCAAUAUUGUGGCUAAGAAUCCUUUGGCUGGGCAGUACAAUGUUAUCGCAGCCCAAUCCAGAGAUGAUCCUAACGAGGAUACCGGAAUCUCUAUUCAGAAUUGCUCAGUCCUGGCAUCUGAUGAACUAACGUCGAGCAACGGUAGCACCAAGACCUACCUGGGGAGGCCUUGGAGGCUGUAUUCCACGACGGUGUACAUCGAGUCUUACCUUGGUGGGCUGGUGGAUCCGGCAGGAUGGACGGAGUGGAUGGGAGAUCAGGGGCUGGAUACCUUAUACUUCGGCGAGUAUAUGAAUAGUGGGCCAGGAUCGGGGACCGAUGGUCGGGUUACGUGGCCGGGAUACCACAUUAUGGAUUACGAUGAUGCCUCUAACUUCACCGCGUCGGAGUUCAUCGACGGUGACGAGUGGUUGGAUUCAACCUCAUUCCCGUAUGAUGAUGGGAUAUGAUGGUCGGCCUAAUACUUAUUUCUUUCUUUGAUAUGUAGAUGUUGUUAUUCCCCUCUGUGCGUUAAUUGUAAGUGCACGUGCAAGCAUAUGUAUGUGCCUGUAUCUAGUAUCUAUCAAAGUCGGGUUGUGUUGCAA